AUGACAGCUGAAGAGCUUCCGCGAGGCAAUCGCAGCAAUGAAAACUGGAAUAUGUGGGAAAAGCGUCCGUUCGUUGUCUUGAAAAACGAUAACAUCUUGUACCAUGAACAGUUCAUCCCGAAAAAUUCUACUUUCCAACAAGAAAUCAUCAAAAAUGGAAUUCUUUCUCUUCAAGCAAUAACUGGAUGGCCUCCAGGACCUGAGCGUCUUACCGAGAACACAAAAUCUCUUUGGGAAGUCAGAGUCAAUAAUAAAACGCGCCUUCCAACAAUUUUGGUCCCAGCAACGUCAUAUGAAUUCAUGACUAAAGAAAGAGAGCAGGCGAUCCGUCAGAAAUUUCUCCGUAUUGCUUCAAACUGUGAUAUUGAACUCAAUCAAGACGAUUAUGAGAAUUUUGCUCUCUAUGAAUGUAUCAACAUUCGAAAGCAUCAACCAGAAGAGCGUAGAAAAGCACAGGCUCCCGUUUUCCCGGCUAACUAUCCAUUUGUCGAAGAAGCAAAACGUUUGGUGUUUCCUGUUCGAAGAUUCCCGACAGGAAUAGUUAUGUUGUUCCCACACGCACCAAGAGAGGAAAAAGAUGGAUUGAUUGAAACAAUGGUAUUCGAGGUGAAAAACGUUCUCGCCCCAGACAGAACGGCUCCAACAUUUGUGGGUCAUGAAGAAAAUCCGAUUGAUCUCCUCUUCCGCAUGGGAAAUAUUCCAACCGACCAACUAACUGCUCAGUUCUACUAUUUGGCUGGAAAAAUAAUGCUCAAUGCUACAGACCGUAGAAAAAACCACAUUUUGGAUGACAUUCGUUGUAUGGCCAUGAGCUCUAAAGCUAUUGAGAUUGGAGCUUUCCGUCACAAAAUUCCAAAAGAUAUCUUACCACAACAAAUCACGUUCGAAAUGUUCAAAGCACUGUAUGAAUCUCUCUUGAUCAGAAUCAACAAAAAUAAUCCACAAAUUGUUGCAUGGUUUGAAAGACUCAACAAUCAAUUGCAACCGAUUUUGAAUGGACAACAGUUGAACAUUCCAACCACUAUUGAACAAAUGCGAAGGCUUGCUGUGCUGACGUUUAACUGGAUGAGAACUCAUAAACAACUGUUUUAUGCCGGAUCUAAUUUCUGUGAUCUCAGCGAUCACCCAGUUUGGAUCCGGAUGGAGAAAAAAUUUCGUGAAGGAACAGUAAAUUCAAUUGAAAAUUUUCCUAUGGCAAUUGAGCAACGUAUGAAAGUCAAUGGUCAGUUGAUCACAGAAGAACAUGACCCAGGAAAGGAAGAACUGCAAAUCCAGAAAACCAAAGCAUGA